GAGCGAAAAAAAGAAAGAAAAAAGAAGAAAGGAGCGGGAGAAAGGAGAGAGAGAAGGAGAGGAAAAAAGAGAGAAAAACAGAAGGGGCGGGAGAAAGAGAGAAAGGAGAGAGAGAGGGAAGGAGAAAGAGAAGAGAGGAGAAAAGAAAAGGGGAAGAGAGAGACAGAGGGAGUGUAGAGGAGUGAGUUAGUUAGUGAGCCGGGUCGGGUCGGGUUUGAUGGCGAACUCCGGUCUACAGAUUCUGGGCUUCGCCCUGGCGUUGCUGGGCUGGGUGGCCGUGGUCGCCAGCACCUUCAUGCCGCAGUGGAAGAUGUCCAGCUAUGCCGGAGACAACAUCAUCACCGCACAGGCCGUCUACCAGGGACUGUGGAUGAACUGUGUCUACCAGAGCACCGGGCAGAUCCAAUGCAAGGUGUACGACUCUAUCCUGGCGCUCGGAGGUGCCCUGCAGGCCACUCGUGCCCUGAUGAUAGUGGGCAUUGUUGUGGGCAUCCUGGCAGUGGGCGUCAGCACCGUGGGCAUGAAGUGCACCAAGUGCGGGGGUGACGACAAGGUCAAGAAGUCCCGCAUCGCCAUGGGAGGGGGCAUUGCCUUCAUUCUGGCUGGUCUCUGUGUGUUAAUCGGAGCCUCUUGGUACGGGAAUCAGAUUGUUCGUGACUUCUACAACCCUCUGACCCCCGUCAAUACAAAGUAUGAGUUUGGAUCAGCCAUCUUUGUCAACUGGGCUGGAGCGGGUUUGGUGCUGAUCGGGGGCGGGAUGCUGAGUUGUUCUUGCCCCAGGAAGGGCGGCGGAGGUUACCCCGCCUCGUACCCCAAGUCCAAGGCCCGUUCUCGGCCCGCAGCCAGCACCGCAAGCAGCAACAAGGAGUUUGUGUGAGCGACGGGGCCUAGAGGCCUGGGCGGCUCGAUGGAGCCUAACUCCCAGUGGUCGAUCACUGAGGAGAAAUCUCUGUGAACUGUUCUCUCGGAAGGAUCGGGCCUUGUGGCAGCGAUGAAAGAAUUUCCCGCUUGAGCGAACUUUGUACAUUUUGUGCUAUUUUGAGUUGUUAUUUUAAAAGUUUAAUGUGGCGUUUUUGUUCGAUUCGAUGCUUUUUUUUUUAAACUGGGAGGGAAGGAGUUUAAGUUUGUAUUUUUGUGUGUGCGCGGUGCGGUUUUGGUCAAAAUCAAGUUACUGGUAAUAAAGAAAGUCCUGAGUA